AUGUCAAAUUUUGGUAGAAGAACUUGGAAUAGAGAUGAAUAUCUAAUCGUUACUGAUCAAAAUUCUCAACAUCAUCAGAAUCUUAAUGAUUCGGAUUUACUGAAUUUGAAAAAAAAUAAUACAAAUUAUGAUAACUUAUUGAAAAAUACUUUGCUUGGUUUAAAUAAAAAAAUUUUAACUGAAAAUGUUACUUCUUCAAAGAGAGGUAAACAAUUCGGAUUUCAUUGUGAACUUUGUAAUUUAACUUUUAAAGAUAACCUACAAUUCAUUGAUCACUUAAAUCACAAGACUCAUGCCAUUGUUUUCGAAAACUUAUUCGAUGAACCAUUGGUUUUAGACAAAAGAGAUAAUGAUGAUGUUCCAUUACAAGAAAUUAAAGAUCAGUGGAUCUCUUUAAUGGAUCAAUUUGUUAAUUCAAAUCUUGAUAAGAGCUUAAUUAAGAAAAAGCGUUCUAAAAAAAUUCGUAAAAUAAGCACAGUUGAAGAACCUAAAUCUGAAGUGGAAUCCAUGAUGGGAUUUUCUUCAUUUGGUUCUACCAAAAAAUAA